AUGCCGCAACAUCUCCGCAAUAUCGCCCUUGCCGUCGAGCUCUUCGCGGUCUUUGCACGAUGCGCACAUCUCAACUAUACUGGAGAGGCCGUCACAUCUCGUUUCUGGGACUGCUGUAAGCCAUCAUGUGGUUGGAACGGCAAAGCAGAUUUCUCGAGUCCGGUAGAAUCGUGUACGGCCGACGACAAGCCCACGGACGAUGCUGCCGGCACUGGUUGUAACGGCGGUUCCGCGUUUCAGUGCUCCAGCCAGCAGCCAUGGGCCAUCAACGACACUGUUUCAUAUGGCUAUGCCGGUGCCUUUAUUCUACCCGAACUUACUCACGGAGGUAUAGAGGGCGCCUGGUGCUGCGCAUGCUACCAGCUCGACUUUACGAGUGAGCCUCUGAUCGGCAAGAGCAUGAUUGUUCAAGCCUCGAAUACCGCCUACGAUGUAACCGACCGAAACCGGUUUUCACUUGCAAUUCCUGGCGGUAACACAACAUCGACAAAUGCAUGCGCCCAGCAGUAUGGCGUGGACCAAAGCGUCUUCGGUGAGCUCAUGAUGGGUGUCAGCUCCACCGAGGACUGCAAAAAGCUACCCGAGAACCUGAGAGCCGGUUGCGAAUGGCGCUUUGAUUGGUUCAAGGAUGCAUCGUACCCUAGUGCGAACUUCAAACGCGUAGUCUGUCCCGCGGAAAUUACAGCCAAGACAAACUGCAUCCGUAAUGACGACAAAGUGCUGGCUGGCGAGGCUUCCGCCGCCCAGAGCCUCAUGUCUGGCUCCCCUACUAUGGCUUUCUUCGCCGCUGGCAUACUAGCUUUAAUAUCGAUAUAG